GAGGCGGGUGUUAUACCAUCGCUCCGGGAAAGGCUGAGCAGCUGCAAAUUCGCCGCCGCCGCGUGGGUAGCAGGGAGCGUCCCAUCCCCUGCAGCCGGGGAGCCGGGCAGCAGCUGACAGAGAGCGGAUAAGGCGCCCCUGUCUGUCUUCCUCCUUGCACCCCCCGUCCCCUGCCUGCGCCGCCGCCGGGCGCCUGCAGCUUCUCGGCUCCAGUGCAACAGGGCUGAUAGUGGCAGCCCACGGGGAUCCGCUCAGAAACCAGCCGAGAUCCAGCGACCCUGCCCCUCUCCCAUCAGUACAGGCAGAGCCCUGGGCUGGACAGAGUCAUGACCGCUGAAAAGACUAUUCCCAUAAUUAAUGGCAAGCCAGAAGAUGCUUUGGACCCUGAAGCCUCAAGUACCACUCUGGUCCACAGCAACGAUAAGAAAGUGCACGAAAGAGGCCACUGGAACAAUAAGGUUGAAUUUGUGCUUUCUGUGGCAGGGGAGAUUAUUGGGUUGGGAAAUGUGUGGAGAUUCCCAUAUCUUUGCUACAAGAAUGGAGGAGGUGCUUUCCUCAUUCCAUAUGUGAUUUUCUUUAUUUGCUGUGGAAUACCAGUAUUUUUCCUGGAGACUGCCCUGGGACAGUUUACUAGUGAAGGAGGUAUUACAUGUUGGAGAAAAGUUUGCCCGCUGUUUGAAGGUAUUGGAUAUGCUACCCAAGUUAUUGAAGCACAUUUAAAUAUUUAUUACAUCAUCAUUUUAGCAUGGGCUAUCUUCUAUCUAUUUAACUGCUUUACCACAGAGCUCCCUUGGGCCACUUGUGGCCAUGAAUGGAAUACAGAAAACUGUGUGGAAUUUCAGAAACUUAAUAUGAGCAACUGCAGUCAACUCUCUUUACAAAAUGCCACAUCUCCAGUCAUGGAAUUCUGGGACUUUGUGCAUGGAGUUUUUCAGACUGAUACACACAGAAAAGGUCUCUGUAGCAAAGAGUUCACACUCUUCUUUUCUACUCCUGCCAAGGAAGUAGAGGGCGAAUCUGAGACUGAAGCCAGUGGGACUCCACAUAGACAUAUCCCUGAAGAAUCGGGUAUAAAUGUAUACGAUGUACUGAUAAAGAAGAGGGUGGUAUAUGUAACAGCUACAUUCCCGUAUGUCAUGCUACUGAUUCUUCUGGUUCGAGGAGUAACAUUACCAGGCGCUUCUGAAGGAAUAAAAUUCUACUUGUAUCCUGACCUAUCCCGAUUGUCUGACCCACAGGUCUGGGUGGAUGCUGGCACGCAGAUAUUUUUCUCUUAUGCCAUCUGCUUGGGAUGCUUAACAGCUCUGGGGAGUUACAACAACUACAAUAACAACUGCUACAGGGACUGCAUUAUGCUCUGCUGCUUGAACAGUGGCACGAGCUUUGUUGCUGGUUUUGCCAUCUUUUCAGUCCUUGGUUUCAUGGCUUAUGAACAAGGGGUGCCCAUAGCAGAAGUUGCAGAAUCAGGGCCGGGACUUGCAUUCAUUGCCUACCCAAAAGCUGUCACCAUGAUGCCUCUUUCUCCGCUAUGGGCAGCUUUGUUUUUCAUGAUGCUGAUAUUCCUUGGAUUAGAUAGUCAGUUUGUGUGUGUUGAAAGCCUUGUGACAGCUGUGGUGGAUAUGUACCCAAAGAUUUUCCGAAGAGGAUACAGAAGGGAACUGUUGAUUCUUGCUCUUUCAAUUGUGUCAUACUUUGUUGGCCUAAUAAUGUUAACAGAGGGUGGAAUGUACAUUUUCCAGCUGUUUGACUCCUAUGCAGCCAGUGGAAUGUGUCUUCUUUUUGUGGCUAUAUUUGAAUGCAUCUGCAUAGGCUGGAUUUACGGCAGCAAUCGCUUUUAUGAUAACAUUGAGGAUAUGAUCGGGUACAGACCACUGUCGUUAAUUAAAUGGUGUUGGAUGGUCCUAACUCCUGGUAUUUGUGCUGGAAUCUUCAUCUUUUUCCUGGUGAAAUAUAAGCCUUUGAAAUACAACAAUGUUUAUACGUACCCAGACUGGGGCUAUGGGAUAGGCUGGAUGAUGGCCCUCUCAUCCAUGGUUUGUAUUCCUUUGUGGAUCUGCAUUAAGUUGUGGAAGACAGAGGGAACCAUUCUAGAGAAAUUCAGGAAGCUGGUCAUACCUAGUCCAGAUCUGAAGAUGAGAGGGAAAGUUGGAGCAGGGGCAUAUGCUGCUACAGUAAAUGAUUGUGAUGCCAAACUGAAAGGUGAUGGCAACAUUUCAGCCAUCACAGAAAAGGAGACACAUUUCUGAAAGAACUUUCUUUUUUGUGUGUUACUUUUUGUAUAAAUAAAUAAAUAAAAUACUUCACUUAAUUAUAGAGGCUGCUUGUUUUGCACAAAAUUUAUUAACCAGUUAAUUUUAAAGUGAACAUUGUAUAGUUGUUUACAAUGAUUUUUUAAUUAUUAUUAUUAUUAUUAUUAUUAUAAGUAAUGAUUAUAUAAAAGAAAAAUAAACUAGCAUAGUACUGUAUGUUGGUGAUGACUUGUAAUAUGGUGAUUUUAGUAAAUGUUUUAUAGACAUUAGAAGGACCAGUAUAAUGUGCUGUAAACUUUUCUACUUGGUUUUUUUGGAAAGCAUGGUGUUGUAUAAAUAUAUCUGUUCUAAUCUGUAAGCAUUUCAGACCAUUUCAGCUACUAAUGUAUGUCUAUAAAGGUGGUCACAAUGUCCUUUUGUUUAUAUUGGAGGGACUUUUGGUGGACUAGUAACUCAGCUGCAUCGUCUUUCUAUCUGAAUGUGGGAUUGAGCCAAAGCCCACUGAAGUCAAUGGGAGUCUUUCCCAUUAUCUUCAAAGGGGCUUGGAUCAUGCAGUUUGUGAAUCAAACUCUGCACCUGAACCGUGCAGUCCUUUUGUCCGAGUCAGGACUGCAGGCUCCAGCCUUGUACUUGGCAAAGCACUACUCGCAUGGUGAGUACUCUUUCUGGAGCCUAAAGGAAAUGCCACCUCAUCAAUGUCUUCCCCCAUUCCGGAACUUCUCACUACAACCAGGUAUCGAAAUAUGGAGGAAUGAGUCCCCCUUUGAAUGACUAUUUUCCUGGAGACGUCUAGAGGCUAUUUAUUUAAGAACUCUGAAGUGUGUUGUUGUGAAGUGAGUGGUGUCCGAUCUCACCUAUGCUGCUCCCUGGAACAUCUGAAGCUAUUCCAUGUUGUUUAUGGCUAGCUAAAAUUCCCUGCAUUGUGUUGUACUUCUCCCAUUCCCUGAGCUGAAAUGUGUUUGUCUUUGCUUGUAAAACAGAAAGGGAGUCCCUAGGACAGUUUCUUUAGCUGGAGAGGAGCUGAGAAAAAUGGAACUCAUUUUAGAGACAUUCCCCCCCUCAAAUGAAAUCCAGAAAUAAAUUAUGCCUAUCUAGAGCACUUGUAUGGCUCUUUUAAUCUUCAAAGCACUUUUGAAACAAUACCAAACACAACUGGAGCAGUUGGCUCCUUACCUGCCCAAAAGCCCUGUGAGAUAAGUUAUAUAGGACAUGUUUUGCAGAUGGGGCAAUUGAGACAGGGGAUGUGACUUGCCCAAAAUUAAAAAGAGAGUAGGAACUGGGUUUUGAAAUGAUAAUUGGGCCACAGGGGUUCCCAAUUAACAGUCCCAAAAUCAAACCACUAGACUAUCUUGUGCUCUCUCCCUCUGUCAAUAUUGCAAACACCACUACUAGACAAUUUCUUUUCCCUCUCCCCUCAGGCUGACAGGAUACAUCUGACACAGUGGCUGGGUGGGAAACUGGUGAGUUUACUGUCUCACAUAGGCUUGCCUCACCAGCUAAUGUGCAAGCAACAGCAUAACAGAAUAUUGGAGCAACGUCACAGCACCCCAUGCUCAGACAGGUUGAAAUUCACCCAUGCUCAGAAGCCCAGCACAGGGAACUAUUAGGAAAAGCUUAACUGGGACUAGAGCGGUACAGAGGCUUCAUGUGGGCUGACUGCACAAGGGUGGAUUUCAUCCCUAGUUUCUAGUAUAUCUUAACAUUACACAGAGAUGUAUAAUACAAAUUUGACAAUUUAAUGUGAUCUUAAGAUAAUUUGCAUAGCUCCUGUAAGAUAUUCCGUAGAAUCAUAUAUCCUCAAAUCAGAUUAUGUAAUCUAUAUAAUUUAAUGGUCUUUUGGGGGGGGGAGAGGGAACUGAAGAGAAGAUUAUUCUUGUAUCAGCCUAAAACUAAUCCAGUUUUUUUUGUGGGACUGGUGACUUUGGAUGCCUUAAUUUUUGGGUGCUCAACUAGAGACGAGCCUGACUUUCAGAGAGUGGUGAGCAUGCACCUUGUGAAAAUCAUCUUUCUUUAAGGGGCUCCAGCUGGGCAAAAAAAAGUGAGGUGGCCAAAAUCACUAGUUACUGUUGAAAGCCUUUGCUGGGAUAUUUACUGAAGAGAAAUGUCAUCAAAAUUAAAAUUGCAGCUAGAGCUAGUUGUAGAAAAUAUUGAGAUGCAAGUCCAUCCUACCGCUUGAUGUGGAAAUGUAUCCACCCCAGAGUUCAGAAAUCAGUGCCUCUUUGCAGUACUAGCAGGUCAUGAGAAAUACAUUCUGUCCAGCAUCCUUCUCUGGUCCUCAUUCUUGUUCCUCCACUGAAAGGGCCAGACAACUAGCUCAUCAAAAACAACUUGCAAUCUGUGGGUCCCCUUGCCUAGGAAGGCAUUCUGUAUCUAGUCUCUCCAAACUAUCCUGUCUAGUCUCUACUCAUUUCCUAAUGAGUGUUGAAGCGUCUAGAAACCCAAGUCCACUGCUUUGCUAGGGCCUGAAUCUGCAAACUCUUAAUUGUGUAAAGAGUCCUUACUCUCAUGAGACCCAUUAACUUCAAUGGAGCUACUCAUGGAAGUCAAGAUUACUCAUGUGAGUUUGCAAGAGUAACCAUUUAAAUGUGCCAAUUUGUAAGAUAGCCACCACACCAACUGUCCAUCCCAUAGAAAUGGGAUGAUAAUUCCAGGUAAUUCAGGGUAGCUAUUUAAAUCAAAGCACAUUUCACCACUGUUGACAAAGUGAGCCAUGCAUUUUAGCUUGUUUAUCCACUUUGGACUGUCAUACUCAUCCAAAUAUCUCUACAGGUACUAUGGAACAUGCUUCCUACUCUGCUGCUAUGAACCAUUUCACCAAUAGCUUUAUACACAUACAUAUGGUUCGGCAUGGUCUAAAGCAUUAUACAGAAUUACUAAUGUGAUGUGCUUGUAAAUGUGUGCUUGUAAUACCUGACCCAUUUAACACUUUACUGAUUUGUUUUUUAAGAUGUGUGAGGUUGGGGUUUUUUUGUUUGCUUUGUUUUUUUGGAGGGGUGGGGGGCAAAUUUCCUACUAGUAUUUGUGAACUUUUUUAAAAACAAAAUAUGAAGGAAAAAAAGCAAUUAUGUCAUUGUGAUUACUUUUUUUUUGAUAUGCAGUAGAAACAAUAUUUUCCUUUUCUGAGUAUUUGCAGUAUUCUGGAGGAAAAAACAAAACAAAAUCCAAAAAUCGAACAACCACAAAGGUUUAUGUACAGUUUUACACACACAGAGGGAAAAAAAUUGAUUUGGUAUUCCAAGGGCACCAAGUUUUGUCUCCUUACUCAUAUUUUUAAAUUAAAGGAAAUAGGCAAAACCGUAUCUCGUGUCCUUGGUUUAUAUCAAUGUCUCUCACUAAGUAUUUAUAUGGCCCUCAUAAUCACAGUCACUGAUAUAUUUUAUCCUCACAACACAACAGGUAUCUCUGUUUUACAGAUGGGGAGCUGAGACACAAGAUUGGUUGACUGACUUGCCCAAACUCACCCAGAAAGUCUA